AUGCUACGCCUAGCUGUGAAACGAAAUCGUUCCAGUGCCAUACGCAGUCACCAUCGACAUCACCCAGGAGGCUCACAAUCCAAUGCAUUGGUCGACCUCCCCAGCUACGUCAUUUGUGACUCAAAGGCCAAGGGAGUCAUCCGACAUGCUAGCCAGGGCUUUCAGGACCUUUUUGGUUGCACGGCCAAUGACUGUGAAGGCCAGCAGUUGAGCCCAGCAAAUUUGCUCCAGUCCCAUGAGCUGAAGAAGAUUUCUCUAGAGGCUGGGCUGUCCUGCAGUGAAGUGGCCACAAGCAUCCACCGAAUGACCCGAGCGGCAGAGGAGGCUGUGCAAUGCGCAGCUGGUACCUGCCAGGUACCGGCCCAUGUACCUGUGCUGCUGAGCCACAGCAGUGGAGAAUUGUUUGCGUGUGAGAUUAGUUGGCGCAAGAAUGUGCACCCAACCCUGGGUUGGUCUUAUCAUGCGGGCUUGGUGCAAAAGAUCUCAAAAGACAUUUCUGUCCAUGGCCUACUAGUAGCUGCUUCUCAGGAAACGAGUUAUGCAGAACUCCGUGCAGAGCGGGCUGAAACAAUUCAAGAUGGAUUCUCCCAAGAACUCGCUGAGCGAAAGGCGUCAAACCCAAGUCCGCCACGAAACGACGGGAAGAAGACAUGA